CAACCAAAUUCAUUGAAAAUUCGCACUUAUUACCGCCACAUAAUGUCCAUGUAAGGCAACUUAAUUGCUUUUCACUGUACCGCGUAAAGUCUCGCCUCGGGUUUCGGAUCAAGGAUGUUAAGAGUGUGAUUUCAGUUGGCGAUCCGGUCAACGCAGUCUAGAUAUUUUUAUUUUUUGAUGCUUCCAAUUGCAUGUAGAAAUUAAUUUAAUUACUAAAAGAUAAACCUUGAGCGCUUUAUAUAUGGCAUAUUUUAAACGAGAUAUAGUUUCGGAAAUCCCUUAAGGAAAUACAUACUUAUUAUUAAUACUGUCUUACAUUAUGUUAACUGGAAAGGAACGUGAUCUGAACUUUCGUAAUUAUUUGAUAGGUACAUUUUAUAUUCUGCCCUAUGUAUUAUGUGUUCCAUAAUUUUAAAGGCGUUUCGCCUGCCAUGCCUGUUAUCUGCUUGUUUGUCAGUCAGUGCCAUGAAUAAGUAUAAUUCGCAUAAGAACUAGUGAAUGUGUGGUUCGCAUGCCACAGAAGACGACAGGCGCGGCGCGGGCGGCGGCGCGCGACUGCCUUUAGUAAUAGUUAUAGUUAUAGCCUGCACCUUGACAGGAUCACGGACCUUUGAGAGGCGUACACAAUAGGUAUUCCAAAUUUAAAACAGUACUUUGUACUGUUUUAUUUCUUCAGUUAUAUUUUAAAUAUGAAUUUGUCUAAAAUACUUGUUUCACCAAAAUUUCGCCAAUUUAUAUGUUCAGUCAUGUUUAAAUUGCAAACUGAUGAUUCCUCUUAUUGAAAAUGUAUGGUCAAAUUCGCUGUUGCAGUAAAAUUAGGGUAUCGCAUUUCAGCGAAAUCGUUUGGCAUGGGGAUAUAAAUGUAUUCGAAAUUGAGCCUUGUUCGUAAGUAGGCAACAUUGCUAAAAUUUGGCGGGCCUUGUCUGUCCGAGGCCGGGGGCGGCGGGUCGCUGUCGACGCACACUCGGCCGGCCACAAAUCUUCCGUUUCACUCCGUCCCAGCCUCCGAGCGGUGAGAAGGAAACAGCACGCUCCAAAGCACGCGACUGCGUGAUGUCGGCUACUCCCGAAAUAGGCUGCCCCCCGCGCGGGGAGCCUGCCCAUCGACGUACGUGCUUUUAGUAUGCUGCGCGCAUGCGAACCGCCCGCACCCUCUGCGCUCCUAGUACUUACCGGCCAAAACACGCAAAAUACAAAAACAAAAUUCCAUGCUAAAUAGCAUGCUGUGAAUCAAAAUGGUCGCCAUACUCGCCAAUCCCAAAUGGAGCGAGGAUUUGACCAUCCAAAUGAUCAUUGAGUACGAAAAACGCGAAUACCUGUGGAAUCCGGUGUCGGAACAUUACAAGAACAAGAAGAUUAGGGAGCAGGGCUACGUCGAAAUCAUUAACUCGUUAAAUCUUGUCGACGUCACCGUGAAGGAAUUGAAAAACAAGAUAAAAAAUAUACGCUCGUCGUACAGCGUCGAGCUGAAGAAGAUUCGCGCGGCGAGGAAGGCCGGCGCGCAUGCGUACAAGCCUAGCGUCACGUGGUUCGAGCACGCAGACAGGUUUCUGCGGGCGAUCGUCACACCGAGCUCCGUCGACACAAGUCUGUUGGAGAUUCCGGCGAGCGACGACAGCGACGCGGUGCAAGAUUUGAGCGAGCGAAAAUCGCCGGAGAAAAAAAGUACUAGAAAGCGUCGAAGUUCCACGCGAUCUUCUACCCCCUAUGUUUUGAACACUCCGUCCCCUCGCCCGAGCACUCCAUUCGGUCUCAAUCAGUCAACGUCACCUUUCGGAAUCCUGCCAACAUCGACAUCAGCGCCCUUCCUCAAUCCUCCAGUCGGCAUUGCUACACCACUAACUACCUCUUUAGCGACAAUUUAUCCCAUUCCAACAAAACAAAAGAAGAGCAACAGUUAUGACGAUAGGAACGGAGACCACAAUGAUUUGCCCCAAGAUUUGAGUCAACAUUCGGAAAACGUUACUGAGAAUGAGUUUGAAAUGUUCGGGAAGCUGAUAGCGAGUCAACUGAGAAAGUUGCCUUUGAGUCUGGCUUUGGACACUCAGUUGAAGAUUCAGACUUUGGUGAACGCGGCAAGGAUACAAGCGGUAUACCAACAGUAUAGCUACGCCGGCCCUUCUCAAGAAGCCUUGUCGGUGCAAGCACUUUCGAACGGUAUUCUCGCCAGUAUGGCAUCACAGAGUAGCUACGCGUCUAGAGCCGCUAUGGCCAUACGCAGCGACUCGCCAGAAGACAUGAACAGGGAUAUGAAAACUGAAUAUUCAGUAGGCUCUGAAGGCGAAGAUUAGAAUCCUCAAAAAGACAUACCUCAAAAAAUAGAGAUAUUUAGAUACGAUUGCUCAUAAUGUAUACCAAUUACCACUUAGAUAGCUGACUCUGUGUCAAUAUAUGGUGUUUUAGAUGAAUAUUAUGUACUAGAUGUUUAGGAAUACGAAUUACAAUAUGAAUCAGUACAAAUAAGUACAGGAAGUGGUAUCUUGCUCAGGUGAGAUGAUUUCGAUGUGAUUUCAAAAUUGAAACUAGUCAUGUUUGAUGUUUUAUGUAGAUCUCGGUGUUUUGGCUGUGUUAGUUAUUUAUUUUAUGAAAAGACAUAUCCUCUUCUUCCUUCUAAGCGCGUGUUUUGAAUGAAGGGGCUCUGCAGUAUUUCUACUGUGUUAUCGGAAUUUAUUUUUUACAUGGAUGACGUUUAUUUAUGUUUGUAAUUUUAUCAAACAAUGUAUCUGUAUUAAGUAAUGUCAAAUAUGUUGUUACUUUUCAGUACCUCGUCUAUUGAUUACAAGAUUUCUUUCUAUUUUACUAAGGCUCAUAUAAUUUUAGUGAUGCGAAGUUUUUAUAUAUUUUUAUACAACAAAAGAAAAUGAAAGUGACUGAUAGAUCAUUCAUUUAGCGUAAAGAAUAUUUUUUUUCAAUUCAACAAAUCCUUGAAACCUGUAGUAGUUGUGAUAUGAAUAUAAUUUAUGAUUUAAUAGCCUUUUAUGUCCCAGUACUGGGUAAAGGGUUCUCUCUCUUAUUAUUGUGAUAUGCAUAACCUAUAUAUUAUUCUAAAUAUAAUUUUAAAUGAAUGACUAACGGACAAAGAGCUGAGGGUCUACCACGAAACAUAAAGCUCGUACCACGUUACUAAUGUCCACACGCUGUCUCUUUUUCCCAUAUGGUGUAAAAAAGUUUAGAACGUGUGGACGCAAUGACGUGCACGUGAUUUAUAUCUUACGGUAGCCCUCCUGGUAAUGCUAUAAGUAUGAUAAAAUAGCUUGUCGAAAAUGUGAUUUUUAAUAAUAAUUCGCCAAAAUGGGUUUACGCACUUACGCCCAAAAUUCCAAGCGUAAAUCCAUCUCUGGUAAUGCAUGUUAAUGAUUCAAAUACCUCAGCAACGGUUACUUACAGAUAAUAAUUAAAUGUUCGGAGUAUAUUUAUCUGUUGUUUGUUGUGCCACAAUUAGAUUGUAAACACGAUGUGAUUUAUUGAAAAUAAAUAUUUUAUAAAUGUCUUGAA